AUUCAAUUCUUUUACGCCCCGAAUAGUUGUUAAGUUGUCACGGUUCGAUUGAGUACUCAGUGCAUUUCUCAUGGAAUUCAGUCAUAACAUAAUUAGUGUUAACAGCUAAUUAUUCACCUUCUUGAUAAUUAAAAUUCUCAGUUACUUCUAUUGUGCUUUAGUAUGCCAAAUAGAUUGGAAUUUCUCAUGGUCCAGUUCACAUUUGUAUGCAUCUCUCAUCUCAUCGCUUUUUGUAUGCCGUCGACGAGUUGACGUUGUCUUGAGAAGCUUGUAAAGUUGUUUUACCUGAAACGUGAACGUGACUUCGUAAAACUUGAGAGAAUAGUUGUCUCAAAAAGGAUAUGAAUCAUUUUCAACUCGAGUAGCUUGGGAAACUCGUGUAAAGUGACCCAUUAAAAUAUUCGACCUUCGCGUAUAACAUGACUGAUCGGUUGUGAGUGUUGUGGUCCGAAUGUUUUGAUUUUGAAAUGGACCUAGUGUUUUAACCAGUGUUGUGUGAAAAAAGAAACUAACAAUGUUCAAGUUACUUGGAGGACUUGCGAAUUAUCUCAAACAGCAGGACAUAGUCACAGAUUGUGCAAUAUUUCGACUGCACAAUUUGUUCACGACUGCAUUGUUGAUGGGAUGCAGUUUGAUAAUCACAGCAUCUCAAUAUGUUGGUCGUCCAAUCCAGUGUAUAGUUCAGGAUAGAAAUCCCCAUGUGGUGAACACUUUUUGCUGGAUUUCUUCCACUUUCACGAUGCCUGACGCUUUCAACAGGCAGAUAGGAUCAGAGGUGGCUGCGCCUGGUCUUUCUAAUGAUUUUGACGAUGUUCAUGCACACAAAUAUUACACUUAUUAUCAGUGGGUUUGUUUUGCCUUGUUCUUCCAAGGUAUAGCUUGUUACACCCCCAAAUUUAUCUGGGAUAAAUUUGAAGGGGGCUUGAUGAAAACCUUGGUUAUGGGUCUUAACAUUGGAGCAACCCCCGAAGAUAUUAAGAAUGCAAAAAAAGAAAUUGUCAUUGAGUAUCUCCUGGAGCAUUUGAAGAAGCACAAACUCUAUGCCAUUAGGUACUGGUGCUGCGAAUGUCUAUGCUUAGUGAACAUCAUCGUUCAACUUUACUUAAUGAAUAAAUUCUUCGAUGGAGAAUUUUUGUCAUACGGUCUCAGAGUUAUGAAUUACUCCAAUGAAGUCCAAGAAGAAAGAGUUGAUCCAAUGGUUUAUAUCUUCCCACGACUAACCAAAUGUAACUUCUUCAAAUAUGGUCCUUCUGGAAGCAUACAGAAACUCGAUAGUUUGUGUGUUCUACCAUUGAAUAUCGUAAAUGAGAAGACCUAUAUUUUCCUUUGGUUCUGGUACAUGAUACUGGCAUCUCUGCUUACCAUUUUGGUGAUCUACAGGGUGUGCAUGAUUUUAUCUCCAAAAUUGAGGACUCGCAUAUUCCAUGCUAAAAAUUACGGUCUUCCUUAUGAAGUAUCUCGAAUAAUCACAAGAAAAACAGAUAUUGGGGAUUGGUGGGUUCUCUUCAUGUUGGGAACUAACAUGGAUACACUUAUAUUCAGGGAGAUGAUUUCUGAAUUAUCAAAGAGAAUUGAAGUGAAGCCAUCUAACCGUAGAUGAUUUUCAUACUUAUUUUUUUUGUUUAGACAAGAACAAAUUUAGUAUCAGAUCUUGCCCAGAAUCUCUGAAAGACUUGAAUUCUGUUAUUUUCGAAUAAUUAAUAUUGUACAAUAUUGAUCAGAUGACAAAAGUUUGCCUUCCACAUUGCCUUCAAGAAAUUUUGAUAUUGUAUACAUCCAUUUUUGAAAUUUUAACUCGAAUAUCAUAUCAAUGGUAUUUGUUGCUCAUUAUAUUAGUAAAAGGUAAUACAUAUAUGAUAUUUUUAUAAAAUUUUAUACACGUUUGUGGUUGAUUCUAGUUUUAAGAAAAUGUAUACCUUGAACUCAGUUUUCUUCGUAAUUUUUUAUUUUUUAUCAUGUCUACUUUUAUAAUUGCGAUUUAAUUUUUCUUUGACAAAAAUAAGCUUUAAUUUGAUUCAGAAAGUAAUACUCGUUUGUUGCAAAAUUCCAAUAAAUAUGUUUGUAAUUAUUUUAAUUUAUUUUAAAUGAUGCCAACUGAUAAGAAUUGCACGUUAUUUAGAAAUUCACAAGUGGUUAAGUAGAGACAAUCUUUGAGUGAAAAGAGGUUGCACAAUGAGUUUACCUUACUGUCAAGGAUAUUAACUGCCUUUUAUUGUGAAAACUAUUAUUUUUCAAGUCUUCAGUAUCAUCUGAUACACAUUCAAUAUAUUUAUUUUAGGCUAUUUAGGUUAAGUUAGAAGAAUCUCUUUGUCUUCAUGAUUAUUUUAAGAUUUCAGUGAGUAUAAUUAUUUCCUGUGAAUCAAUUUUUAAAGUGAUACUGAAUGCAUUUAUCUCUUUCAUGAGACUCGACAUUCUUUCCUCAAUUAAUUAAUGGCAUUUCAUUGCAUGAUUUAUCUUGGUUCAAUGGUGUCAAGAAGAUUCCUAAUAAAGAUUUUUAUAAGAACA